AUGGCCCACGUCGGCUCCUUUGUCCCCGCAGCCUCCGCCACUGUGGGCCUCUGCGACCGCAUCCUCACGCGCAUCCUCAGCCAAGAGCAGCUGGCACUGCACCAGAGCAGCUUCUGCGCUGACCUGGCGCAGGUCGUGGCCAUGCUGCACCGCGCCACCCAACGCUCCGUCGUGGUCAUCGACGAGUUCGGCAAGGGCACGCUAACCUCGGACGGCGUCGGCCUGCUGUCCUCCAUGCUCUCCCACUUUGCGGGCCUCGCGCCGCGCCCGUCGCGGCUGCUGGCUUGCACCCACUUCCACGAGCUCGCGCGGCCCGAGGUUAUGGCGCCCUCGCCCCAGAUCGCGUUCCACGAGAUGAGGGUGCUGAUCGAGGGCGGCGAUGACGAGGUUGGCGGCGGCAGCGGCGGCGGCAGUGACCGUCCGCGGCAGCAUGGGCCGCAGGGCCGGGCGUCAGGGGCGGCGGCAGGGCAGCAGGAGCCCGUGUUCUUGUACAAGCUGGCGCCCGGGCACUCAGCGCCGAGCUUCGGGCUGCACUGCGCGCGGAUGUGCGGCGUCCCCGAUGCGCUGCUGCGGCGCGCCGCAGCCGUCGUCGCUGCCGCGCGCCGCGGCGCGCCCGUCGCGCGGCUGGCGCUGCCGCCGCUGCGGGAGCGGGACGAGCGGAGCCGGGCGCUGGCGCGGCGGCUGGCGGCCGCUGACCUGUCAAACCCUGCCGCUGUCGCGGCGCUGCUCGCGGCGGCCGCCGCGGCCGAGGCGGGGCCAACGGCGGCGGCGAGGCAGAUGGAGGAGAGCGGCGCUGCCGUCGCGGCGUAA